AGAUCCGAAACACGUGCCAUGAGCCGUCUCUCAUGGUCAUGGAGAUGGAGGGCGUGAGGUGUUCAGUUUCAAGUUUCAACAUUGAGCAUGUGAUGUGAUGUCACCACUCACUACUCACUUCAAGUAUACGUAUGUUGACAAAUGUGUAAAUACUAAAUACUUACAAUUAUUAUCAUUACAAAGAAAGUCUCAGCAUUCUGUCUAUGGCCAAUAACAGAAGCCCCUCCUUCUUCCUCACUCUUCUCUUCCAUCUACUAACCAUUUCAGCUUCAUUUGUGCAAAUAAGUUCCCUUGGUUUUGGAAUCAACUAUGGCCAGAUAGCCAACAAUCUCCCAUCUCCAUCAAGAGUAGUGCUUCUUAUCAAAUCACUGAACGUGACUAGGAUCAAGCUCUAUGAUGCUGAUCCGAAUGUGCUACUCGCAUUCUCCAAUUCCAAUGUCCAAUUUGUUGUUGGCCUUGGAAACGAGUACCUUGCCAAUAUGACAAACCCUUCCAAGGCUCAAUCAUGGAUUCAGCAGCACCUUCAACCUUACCUUUCACAAACCAAGAUCACCUGCAUCACCGUUGGAAAUGAAGUCUUCAACACCAAUGAUACCCAGUUAAUCAUGAAUCUCCUGCCAGCAAUGCAGAGUGUUCAUGGCGCCCUUGUUAAUCUUGGAUUAGACCAACAAGUUACUGUCACAACAGCACAUUCUUUCAACAUAUUAAGCAAUUCAUACCCUCCUUCGUCUGGUUCGUUUAGGCAAGAUCUGCUUCAAUAUAUCCAACCUCUUCUUGCUUUUCACUCGCAAUUCAAUUCACCUUUUCUCAUCAAUGCAUACCCUUUUUUUGCAUACAAGGACAACCCAAGUGAGGUUUCUUUGAGCUAUGUACUAUUCGAGCCCAAUCCGGGUUCCAUCGAUCCCAACACCAAUCUCAACUAUGACAACAUGUUGUAUGCUCAAAUUGAUGCUGUGUAUGCUGCCAUCAAGAUGCUGGGCCAUACAGACAUUGAGGUCCGGAUUUCAGAGACAGGUUGGCCUUCUAAGGGUGAUACUAAUGAAAUUGGAGCCUCACCAGAGAAUGCAGCAACUUAUAAUGGUAAUCUGCUGAAAAGGAUAGAGCAGAAGCAAGGAACUCCUGCAAAUCCAUCAGUUCCAAUUGAUAUUUAUGUGUUUGCUUUGUUCAAUGAAAAUUUGAAGCCUGGACCUGCAUCAGAGAGGAACUAUGGCCUUUACUAUCCUGAUGGCACCCCAGUUUAUAACAUUGGAUUGCAGGGUUUUCUCCCUGAGAUGGUUAUUGCAUCCAGUUCUAAUGGUUCUGCUGUUAAUUUUCUUGCCUGUAUAAUUACAUGCUUUAUCUCCGCUUGGGAGCUUUUGAGAUUGUGACAUUCAGAAGGAAGGGUCAAUGUAAACAGGAUUCCCGAAUUCAUAUACAUGAUUCUUUUGACUUUUGAGACAAAAGU